CUAUGUAUGGUAACAACGUAUUGUGUAUACGUACCAAGUAUGCCAACCAACCAAGCCUUUCUUCUCAACAUCAAGACACCUGACCACCAACAACACCACUAAAACCAACACCACCUUCACCAUGCAGCUCAUCAACCUCAUCCCCUUCCUCACCCUCGCGGCUGCCGCGCCCAAGGCCACUUCUACUCCUCCCAACCCCGACUCCUACGAGAACGUGGACAUUGCCGACUUCACCGUCCGCAAGGAGCAGGCUGCUGGCCAAGACACCCCUACUGCCAUCAACUCCGUCUCCUUCAAGCUCUCCGGCGACGAUGCCACCGACCUGGCCUGCUCGGCUUCCAACCCAGACUUCCCCAGCGAGGUCAUCACCUGCGGCGACAGCAAGUACCGCUUCGUCCUGCAGCCUGGCUCGGACGACGCCGAGUUCGGUCUGACUCUCUACCACGAGUUGGGUCCUGCUGUCGGUUUCUGGGGUGAGGGCAACGUGCCCACAUACUGCCGCGCCGGAGGCAACGGUCCCGAUGACUUUGUCUGCCAGCAGGUUGCCGCGACCACUUUCGUGAUCGCGCAGUAGAGGUGCACCUUCUUUUCAUGGCUACAGAUAUAGACCGUUUUUAAUACAAAUUGUACAUUAGAUCCCAUGUUCUGGGUA